UCCGUUCAACAGAUUCCCAUCAGCAGCAGCGUUGGAGUUCCACCGGUCCGACAACACAUGGAUCCCCAGUGAGAGGAGCGCGCAGUCCGGCCGGGGGGGUGUGCGAGGUCUGAUGGCGCUGUGCUCUGAGGCCUGUGUCUCGGGCUCAGGAGGAGAAUCCUCUGGGAGCGAGGCGGGUUCUAGCUGUCUUCAGUUUGGGGUGCGUUCCUAUCUGCACCACUUCUAUGAGGAGUGCUCGUCCUCCAUGUGGGAGAGAGACCCGGAGGAUCCGGGGCUCGCCCAGAACCAGAGGUCAACCCUGUGGUGGAACUCAGCAGUCUGGAAGGUGUCCUUGGCCCUGGGUCUCCUGAUCCUGGGUGCAGGUAUUGCCAGCCUGUCAGUGGGCUACUCCACUCCCCAUAAAAUUGAGUCCUUUGGAGAGGGGGACCUGUUCUUCCUGGACAGCCAGGCUGUCAGGUUUAACUGGGGGCUGCACCUCAGCAACGCAGCCGGGAUCGGGCUCUGCUGUUUUGGCUCGGCCAUGGCGACGAUGGGGGUGGUCUUUUGGAUCCUCCCCAGGGGCAACUUGAAAGAGAGGCUGUUCCACAGACCGGGGCAAGGGGAGCGGAGAGAAGAGUCAGGGUCAAAGUGGAAGGGAUUUAGGGAUCCCGGGGAUGUGGUCACUAAGCCGCCAGCUAUAGAGGGGAAGACACCCGUCACACUGUCAAAAGUGGAAAUUGUGCAGUCCACUUCUUAAAAAAUAUCACCCCUGAGCUACAUUGUGUACAGGCUUUUGUUCUAGUCCUGGGGACUCAUUUACCUGGUCCUAAAAUUGUUGUUAAAGUGUCAUUUUACCAUGCAAAUUGUUCAAAUGGAGGUUGUUUUGUGUUAUUACAGUUGGACCAAAAGGGGGUGGACACACCUGGAUUUAAAGGGUAAAACUAAUUCAUUCCCAUGGAAUCGCCAUUAAAUAAUCUGAGCAUAUGUUUCAUGUAGAGUUCAACUUUGACACUAUAAGGGAUGAGAGCCUGAGAGACCAAAAUAGAGCCAUUUAUCAUAGCUUAUUAGCUAUAUUGCACUAUCCACUUUUAUUUAACCGUCCUGCUCCACACAAGAGGAAUGACGCAGAGGAGUCAACGGUACAAAUAUGUAAUAAACUGUGUGAACUCAUUGUAGCCUAUGUCGACCAGGCUAAGCUAAUUGGCUACCUGACUGAAAGGAAGAUUGUAAGCUUGGAGAGCUUAACUGUGACGGGAUGAUGAGGGGAGGACCCAAAAGCAGAGUCGGAGCAGGCGAGUAGCACUUCAACAAAAAGUCUUUAUUACAGUCCACAAAAACACGGGGAGGGCAAGUCCAAGACACAGGAAAUCCAAAAAACACCAAAACCAAAGCAGAGCAGGGUAAGGCAAUCACAGGGGAUA